CUCACAUUUCCAGUCCGUUGCGAUAUUAAUCUCAUCCUUUUCAGCUGAAAAUUCUCAGAUUGUAUCUCCGUAAUCUGAGAGACUCUGAAUUGUGCGGAGCUAAUUAAUGUUCAAUUAGUAUUUUACGAAUAUCAUUUGAAUUCAUAGUUUUUUUUUUUGCGUAAUCUCUGCCAUUUGAAUAGAAAUUCGGUGGAUUUUCUAUUGAUUUGUUGUUUACCGCCGGCGAUUAGAGUUUUUUUGCUUUGAAUUCUCCGGCAAACCCCGCGAUUAGAAAACAUUGGCCGUGCAGCGGUGGUUGUAUGGGGAUGGAUUGUAGAGUUUAUGCUGCUCCGGGAGAAGCGUGGUUGGGAGUGGCCGGCGGUGGAGCAAGUGGCGGUCGCGUUGGAGGUCUGAGGCGGAUGGCAGAUGGGUUCAGCUACGACAGCGAGAACGAUUUGGCAGCCAUGGUUAGAGAUUUCGUGGAGAGUGGAAGCGGGGCGGAGACGGAUUCGAUCUGUAGCACUGAUAGCGAUUCCAGUUUCUGUGAUCUAGCUCACCUCGCAGACAAAAUCUCGCAUUUCAAGUCGGGUAUUGAUCGGUAUCAGAGCGACUUGCUUUCAGUUGUUAAUUCGCUCGUGCCAUCUAUAAAUGAACUAGAUCUUCAUAUCAUCAAGUCAUGUUCAUGCAAUGGUAGCUGCAUCAGAUAUUCUCUAGUCAAACUCUUGAGGCUUUCUGGCUAUGAUGCUGGUGUUUGUGUUUCUAAAUGGGCUGGCCAUGGCAAAGUUCCUGGAGGGGAGCAUGAAUACAUUGACGUCAUUAAUUACAGUAGCCAUGGGAACUCGGAGCGCGUGAUCAUCGAUGUCAAUUUCCGCAGCCACUUUGAGAUCGCUAGAGCAGUUGAAUCAUACAACCAAUUGCUGGAUUCCCUUCCAGUUGUCUAUGUUGGCUCUUUCACAAAGCUCAAACAAUUUCUUCAAGUCAUGGCAGAAGCUGCCAAGUCAUCUCUCAAGCAGAAGUCCAUGCCUUUCCCUCCUUGGAGAUCUUUAGCUUACUUGCAAUCAAAGUGGCAGUCUCCAUACCAGAGAAAGCUCGUUCCAGACGGCAACUGGAGAGCUUUCACUGCCCAUGACAGGAAGUGUGUGCUUCUUUUGCAGAAAUUACAGUCUACGCUUGGAGGAGAACGAGCACUCAGGUCUGUGAACAGUGACAGACCACGGCUGAACUUGGGGAGGAAGAUGGUUCUGUUUUGCUAGCAAGUAGAAUGAGCACAUCAAUGUUCCUACACGAGCCUUUUCCUCAUUUGAUAGAGGGGUAUAAUACAAUAUAGGCUGAUUUCCUUCAUUUCUGUCAUUUUAGUCUCUGUAGAUUGCUCCUUAAUGGCAAGAUGUCCAUUCACUGUUUGCAAAUAAGAAGAAAAAGAGGAUGAUAUAGUUUCUAACUUGUUUUAAUUCAUGUAAUGCUCUCAUGUUUAUG